CUUCAUUUGAAGCAUUCGCAGAUGGCUUCGCUUCAUUUGUUAACUGCAACACAUUUUCUCAGCUUUACUUCGUCUAAAAAAUGACAAUGGAUGCCCUCAAAUGUGUCUUUCUUCUGUGUUUUUGGAGCUUUACUGGAGUUACAUCAACAGACUCGCCUGUGAUGCUUUAUGGACUAAGGAACGGCUCGGUGUGUCUGCAUGUCAGAAAAACACCUUCCCAUACUAAGGGUGAUUGGAUGUUUGGUGAAACAGUAAUCACUAAUGGGAAUGAAAUCAAUCCUAACUAUAAAGGAAGAGUGACUUUUAGCCCAAAAAACUUGACCUUGUGCAUAAAUCAGCUGCGUGUAAAAGAUACAGGCAUCUUCACGUUCUCCUACUUGAAAAAUUUUACUCGAACAUCAGAAAGCUACCAAGUGAUUGUAGAAGAUAUUGUUCCCAGACCAGUGAUGAUUCUGACUCCAGAGAAUCCAUCCAAUAUAUCAAUGGGAUUCUGUAAUUUUACAGUAAACUGCUCCAUCCAGCAUGUUUGGCUGUCUUCUAACUGUAAUAAAGAUGGCUGCACAACAACUCAGAGGUCUCUUAAAAACUUCAAUAUCAGCAUUCACACUGACAACUCAACUGUUACUUGCAGCGGCAACAACAAUGUCAGCACAAAUAACAUCUCAGAAAAAAUUUCAGCCAUCUGUAAGUAG